AUGAGCGCCAUCCUGGGUCCCGCAGCGGCCAGCGUGGGACUGCAGGUCCUGCUGCAGCCGUACGGCGCGGGGAGGCAGCUGGGUCAGGCGGCAUGCACCUGCGUGGGCCUCAUCUAUCCGGCGUACCGCUCAAUGGAGUCGGUGGAGAUGCGGCCGCAGAACCCGCAGGAGGCCAACAAGUGGCUGAUCUACUGGAGCAUCUACGGCCUCAUGACUGCAGCAGAGCGGCCGCUGGACAGCGUGCUGCAGUGGGUGCCAUACUACCAUUCCGUCAAGGUUGUGCUGCUGGUGUGGCUGCAAAGCACCAGCUAUGAAGGCGCGCAGCGGCUGUAUGUGGAGGGGCUGCGGCCGUGGCUUGCCACCUGGCAGCCUACGCUGGACGAGUUCCUGGCCAGCCUGCUGCGCUCGCUGCGGCGGCCCGAGGUGCAGAUGGUGAGCGAGGGCCUGCACCAGUUUGCGUCACGCACACCCUUCCUGGAGUGGUUUGUGCGCGGCCCAGACGGGCGUCCGCGCCCCCGCCGACAAGCCUUCAUCACGGAUGGCAGCAGCAGCAGCUAG